CCGCAUGCAAGUUCUGACACAUCUGAGGACCGAUUAUUGAGUGCAGACUGAACUGAUGUUAGUGGAAACAUGUUUGCAUCACCUGUGACUGUCAUCACCUUAUUGUGUUUCUGUUUGCUUCAUCCUACCUGUGGACAGGACUGUCCGAGCAGGCAAGAAAUACAAGGGUCUCUGAAGCAGGUCCAGAAGCUUCUGUCAGCCCAUGAAGCCUCCUACAUGCAGAGUCUGCGAAAUCUAAAGAAGAAAAUUAAUUUGCUGCUGAGCAGUGCAACGAGGCAGAACACAAAGGCCAUCAACAGUACCUGCCCAAAACUGGACUCACUCAUCAAUGGGAGGAAACUUGGCAAAUCACACAUCAUAGGCCAUGAGGUUCACUUUCUGUGUGACCCUGGUUAUGAACUUGUGGGAUCAGAGAGCCGGGUUUGUCAGGAAAGUCUGACCUGGAGUGGUCAGCAACCUACCUGCCGAGAUAUCAAUGAAUGUGCAUCCUCCCCCUGUCUGAAUGGUGGGACGUGUGUUGAUGAGGUGAACCAGUUUUCCUGUGUCUGUGCCAAAGGCUGGGCUGGAGUUACCUGUCGAAGUCCUGUGCCAACAUUCUUUGUCACCAUGACAAACACCUCUGCCGCCACCUCCCCAUCCACAGCUGCUGCUGCAUCCACUUUACCAGCCGCCACCACUGGGCCCUAUGUUCGUCCAUCACGGUGCACCAUAGUGCAGGGCACCACCCACUGCACCUGUGAGCCAGGAUACACCAUCUCUGGCAGAGACAGCUACACCUGCACUGAUAUUGAUGAAUGUGAGCUGUUUCAUAACGGACAGGCUGGGAGACUGUGUUUGCACGCUUGUGUUAACACCCCUGGAGGCUAUCGCUGUUCCUGUCCUGCAGGAUACAAUGUAACCCGUGAUGGACGCAGUUGUAAAGAUAUUGAUGAGUGUGCCACGAGGCAAAACAACUGCACAAAGGACCAGAUGUGCAUUAAUACAUAUGGUGGUUUCCAGUGUGUUCGUGUGGACUGCCCCAAAAUCCCUAAUGCUACAUAUGUCAAAACAUCGCCAAUGCGCUGUGAACGUAACCCCUGCCCUGUGGACAACAAGGCAUGCUCUCAGGCCCCAAACUCCUUCUCCUACCAUUACCUGGCUGUUGUAUCCAACCUAUCAGCUCCCCGCGUCAUGUUCAGAGUGUCAGCACUGCGGCCAAUAGGUGACACCCUUCGUUUCUCCCUGCUAGGGGGAAGGCAAGCUCGUCGCCACUUCACAGUGCAGCGCUCAGACCGCCUCACCGGUGAGCUGAUGCUGGUGAGCCCUGUGCAUGGCCCUGCCACUCUGGAGGCAGAGGUGGAGAUGAGUGAGCUGGAGAGGCGAGUUCAGCUGGGGAAAUACAUUACCAAAGUCACUAUGUAUGUUUCCCAGUAUGAAUUCUAAGAAAAAUCUAUUUAUUACACAAAAAAUUAGAAAUGAGUGUAGAAAAAUUAUACAUAUACCAAACAGUAAAACAGCACUUGACUUAAGGAUACUCGCAAUAAGAUGGAAGAGUAAAGAAUCCUAAGCCCAUCCUGAAAUAAAAUAUUAAUUUUUUUAAAGGUGCCUUAGCAUUUAUAUUUGCACCUAAUCACUGUGUCUACAAUUGUUCUGAUUUAUA